GAUCCUGCUGAGUUCAGGUGAUUUGAUUGGCGUAGAGCGCAGGGCGGGUGUAGGAAGCGUGUCAGCCUAAUGACGUACGCUGAGGGUGGUGUAACGUACCGGCGUGUGACGUGAGCAGGUGACGGAGGCGGAAGUGAACUACCUUUCCAGGAUCCUGAAUCCUGAUACGGAAGUGAAUAUACUACCUACAUGCCAUGGAGGACACUGGUCAGGAUGGACUUUCAUCACCUGCUACUCCAGGAGCAGGCAAGUCUAAGCUGGACUCACUGCCUAAAGAAGAUCUCAUCAAAUUUGCUAAAAAGCAGUUGAUGCUUAUUCAGAAAGUAAAAUCAAGGUGUACAGAUUUAGAGAAAGAAAUAGAAACCUUGAAAUCAAGACCAGCUAGCGAGGAUACAGAUGUUGUCCAGGCACUCACUGAAAGACUGGACGCUGUCCUUCUAGAAAAGGCAGAAACUCAACAGCAGUUGGUCUCUCUGAAGAAAGAAUAUGCUAAAACAAAAGAAGAUGCUAAGGAUGCUACCAAGAAAGCUGCUGAAUUGCAACAAGAUUUACAGCAGUCAAGUGAUAGUUUCUUAAAAGAAAUAGAUGUUUUAAAGAAUGAACUGGUUCAGACUGGGAAUAGUCAUAAAGAAGAUGUGGAUACUAUAAAGAUAGAACUACAAGAUGCACUUGUUAAACAGAAAGAGUUGACAGAUAGACUGGGCGUGCAAGAAAACCAAGAUGCAGAAAUGAAAAGACUGAAGGAACAGCUUCAGCUUAUCCCUCAAGUUUAUGAGGACAAGAUAUCUAGUUUGCAGAAAGCAUUAGAAGCUGCUACUGAAGAGAAAAACCAUGAAAUAACCAAGCUUAGGGAAACGCAGGCAGCUUCAGAGCAGUAUAGUUAUGAGAUCCAGGAUCUUCAUCAGAGAAUUCUGAAAUUACAAAAUGAGCAUAAAGAUGCUGAAUUGCGUCUAAAGCAUCAACUUGAAACUUCUAUGAUAGGGUGGGAGCAAGAGAAACUAUUAUUGCAAGACCUCAUCAACCAGUAUGUGGAAAAAGAGAAGAGGUGGCAAGAAGAAAUGAGUGAAAAUAAUAAAAAUAAGCAAGAAGUGGAAAUUCUUCAAAAAAAGCUGGCCGAAUACUGUAAUGUGCAAGAUGUACAAAAUAGCUCACUGCAAAGUGAUAAUGGCAAAGUUGAACAGUUAAAAAGUCUUGUAGCAGAGUUAGAAUCUCAGCAAAGCCUCUUAAGAGAUGAACUCACGUAUAUAAACCAUUUAAAGAUCAGUCUAGAAAAGGAAGUUCAACAUCUAAAAAGUGACUAUUUCCAUGAGCGAGAAGAAUUAGAAUUUAAGAUAAAUGAACUUCAGCUUGGCAUAGAGGAGUAUAAUGGUCUGAUAGAAAAAUUAAAGACAGAGCUUCAGUAUUCAAAAAUGGACUAUGAUCAGUUGGCAAGAAAAAAAAAUGAAGAUAUUCAAGCUAUUAGAGAUCAGCAGAAGAAAGAAAUGUUUGAACUGGAACAAGCAAUUGUAUCACGCUUUGAAAAGGAGAGAUUGUCCUUUGUGCAUGAAAUAGAACUUUUAAAAGAGCAGUGUGAUAAGGCCCAGCAAGAAAGAGAGGAAGCUGUGAGCAGUUAUGAGGGUUUGCGGGAAACGUUUGUCAGCCUUCAGGUGGAACUUGGAGAGUCUGCUGGCAAGAUCAGCCGGGAAUUUGAAAUGAUGAAGCAACAACAGGCCACCGAUGUCCAUGAACUGCAGCAGAAAUUGAGAACUGCAUACAAAGACAAGAAUGACGUUCUUGAAACUGUGAAUCUACUCCAAGGAGAAAUUGAGUUGUUAUCUUCUAAACAAAAUGAAUAUGAAGAACUAAAUCUUAAGAUUAUUCAAUUACAACAGAAAAACAAAGAACUUAAGGUGUCUUUGCAUCAGAAAGACGAGCUGAUAAAUGAUAUGCAGUUGAAAGUGGCCACUGAGAAAUCUUCUACUGUCAGCGAGGAGAUCCAGGAGCUGCAAGAAAUGUGCAAAACAGAGCAAGCCAGGGUAUUGACAUUACAGCAUGAAGCUGACGGCCAGGUUAUGCAUAAUGCUCAGCUGAAGCAAACCAUUGAGGUACUGACACAAAAACUGCAAGAUUCCAUAGAACUAUCCAAACAGAGCGAGCAUGAAGCACUUCAAUUUAAAAUUAAGGAAUUGCAACAGAAAAAUGAAGAAGUUCUCAUCGCUUUACAUGAGAAAGAGGCAUUUUUAACAGUUCUUCAGGUGAAAAUAGCAGACACAACCAUGGAAAAUGCUGAAAUAUCCUGUAGCUUAGAGCGUUCAAGUGAAGAAAUGCAAAAAGUACAGGAAUUAUGUAGGACUGAAUCUGAAGGCCAUGCAAAGUUUAUCGUGCAGCUGGAGCAAACCAUCAUGGAUCUGACACAUAACCUGGAAGAAUCUGUAACCAUUAGGGACCAGAGCCUGAACGAAGUGAAAAAUCUCCAACAACAAGUAGACAUGCUAAUUCUUGACAAGCAAAAUUUGCAGAAUGACUCCAGAAAGUGGCACGAUGAGGUGUCAAGAGUUCAUGAAGAAAAGGAUAUACUUUCUAGAGAUUUUGAUAGACUUGUGUCUGAGCACAAUGGUUGCCUAGCUGCUAAGGAGGAGCUAAGUGAACUAAGAAUGAAAUUACAACUGGUAGCAGAAGGGAAAGAUGAAGUAGCUAGUCUACUCGAGACUAAAGAGCGCAACAUAGAGGAAUUAAAAAUCCAGCUCUAUGUUCUCCUAGACAUAUUGGCGGUACAGUGCACGGGCCAAGAUCUCAUUACUGUCCUACAAGACAUUAACAAAGCAGUACUCCAGCUGAAGGAAGAAAAGCAAAAUGUGAUGUUACAGCGAGAGGAGACAUCUGUAGAGCUUGAGGGGCUACAGGAAGAGUUUGAAAUACAGUGCUCAGAACUGAGAGCUCUCCUGAGCGACUACUCAAAGGAAAAGUCGCUUUUGAAAGAAGAACUGGAGGAAACACUUAGAGACAAAGAAGCUCUGCAAAGUGAUCUGCUAGAGAUGAAAAACACACUUGAAAAAUCUAAGCUGGAUAAUCAGGACUUACUUUCUCGUAUUGAAAAUGUAACUUUAGAACUGAAUGCAUUACAGGUAGAAAAAACAAAUGUUAUAGAAUCUAACAAGCAAGCACAAGAAGGUUUACAAAGUGUGACCGAAAACAAGGCUUUGGCUUUCGAUGCUGUAACACUAGAACUUCAGUCUGCGCAGGAUUUGCUUUCAAAAUCAAAAACAUUGGAACUUGAGCAGCAAAAUCUUAUAUCAGACCUUCAAAAGAAAAUAGAAAACCUAGAAAGAGAAUGUAAGGAAAAAGAAGAAAAAAGUAACAAGAUUAAAGGAGUUGCUGUUAAAGCAAAGAAAGAAUUGGAUGCUAAUAAAAAGCAGGUUCAGUCAGUGAGAGAGGAAUUGGAGCGGGUAAAAGCAGAAAAGGACCAGCUGAUGUCUUCCACUAAGGACCUUGUCCAAGGUGCAGAAAGCUAUCAGAAUCUCUUGCUAGAAUAUGACAAACAAGUGGAAUUUCUGGAGGUGGAGAAGGAGCUUGUUCGAUCUACAGGGCGCCAGUUGGAAGAGCUGUCACAACAGCUUCAGGCUUCUACUCUUGAGCAAGAAAGAAUGAACUCUGCCAAUGAAGACCUGGUAACCCACAUGGAAACAUUGCAGUCCAAUAACAAGCUAAUUGAAGCCCAGUUGCUGGAACUUCAGCGAGCUAAAGUUUCAUUAGAAAAAGACUUGGAGGCUGAAAAGUUGAUAAAAGAGCAGAAAAUCAAGGAUCUCAACUGUGCAAUAAAACAGAUUGAAGAACUUCAAGAACAACUUCAAAAAGAAAAAAAACAUCUUCAGAAAACCACAGAAGAGCUUGGACUUGUCAGGAAGGAUGCUCAGAAGAGCACGAUGAUGGAUAUGGAAAUUGAUGAUUAUGAUCGCUUGGUGAAAGAGCUCAACAAAAGCAUUAUCCAUAAGAACAGUCAGCUGGAGGACUUGGAGCAGGAGAUCCAUGUGCAGAACCAGAAACUGGAAGUAAUGCAAGAAGAAAUAUCAUUACUACAGACAACAGUGGAGCAGCAUGAGGAGCGCAGCAGAAAAAUGAAGCAACUGCUGAUUAAGACCAAGAAAGAGCUGGCUGAUUCCAAGCAAGCUGAAUCGGAUCAUUUAAUUCUCCAGGCCUCAUUGAAAGGGGAAUUGGAGGCAAGCCAGCAACAUGUGGAAGCUUAUAAGAUUCAAGUUGCAGAACUGACAUCAGAGAAACACAAAGUACAAGAGCAGCUCAGAACACUAACAGAACAGCAUCAGCGAGCAGGAAACGCAUACCAACAGAAACUGCUAGCUCUUCAGGAGGAGUGUACUGCUGCUAAGGCAGAACAGGCUGCAGUGACAGCUGAAUUUGAAAGCUACAAAGUCCGUGUCCAUAAUGUGUUAAAACAACAGAAGAAUAAAUCUGCAUCUCAAGCUGAACAAGAAGCCUUUAAACAGGAAAGGGAGCACCUACAGACAAUGUUGGAUCAAUUGAAAACCAAACUACUAGAAACUCAGCACAGUCUGCAGUUGAACGUGGCGGAGCUACAGGCUUUGCAGUCUGAACAUGAUAUGCUUCUGGAAAGGCAUAAUAAGAUGCUACAGGAGACUGUUACAAAAGAGGCUGAGCUAAGAGAAAAGCUAUGCAUGGUGCAGUCAGAGAACAUGGUUCUAAAGACAGAGAAUGAGCAAGCGGUCAGCCAGCUGAGUGCCCAAAAUGAAGCACAGCGUAACAGUUUCAGAGACCAAGUGAGACAGUUGCAAGAUGGUCACAGGAAGACUGUUGAGACUUUGCAGCAGCAACUGUCCAAAGUGGAAGCUCAACUUUUCCAACUGAAGAAUGAGAUCACUGUUACAAACAAUUCAGGCACCCAGCAGCCCCCUAAGGGUACACGGGACAGAAGACCGGCUGACCUUUCUAUCCUGGACUUGUACUCUGUUGCCAGAGAGGAAGGGGAAGGAAUGGAAACCAUGGAUAAUGAAUCGGUGUCUUCUGCCAGCACCCACGUAGCUACGCUAGAGCAGCUCCUCAAUUCACCCGAUUCCAAAACUGUUCUAGAGUCUCCCCAGUGGCAGCCAGAACUUUCUAAAGAAGAACUGGUGGAGAAACUCAAUACAACAUCAAAGAGCGUUGACCAUCUGAGUGGUCUCCUGCAUGAGACAGAGGCCACCAAUGCCAUGCUUAUGGAACAAAUAACUCUCCUCAAGAAUGAAAUUCGGCGCCUUGAAAGGAAUCAGGAGAGAGAAAAGUCUGUGGCAAAUUUGGAGUAUCUGAAAAACGUUCUUCUUCAGUUCAUUUUCCUCAAGGCAGGCAGCGAGAGGCAACGUCUCCUUCCAGUCAUAGACACAAUGCUGCAGCUCAGUCCUGAAGAGAAAGGAAAACUGUUUGCCAUUGCUCAGGGUGAGGAGGAAUCUGCUGCCCAACCUGCUGGUUGGGCCUCUUACCUGCACAGCUGGUCAGGACUCCGGUAGUACACCAAUGGCGUGAAAUGAAAGUUGUCAUUUAAGAUUUGCACUAUCAAGUUUAACAAAUGUAUGUGUUACUGUAUCAAUUAUGUCGUUUGGGUUAUGAAACUGGAGUCUCCCGUUUACCUUUUCAAAUGGAAACAUUUCAGAGUGCCUACUUAGCUAUGAGGAUUGGAAUACGGCCGGGAUUCUGCAGUGCUGCACAAAACAGUUACUAUACGUGUACAUACUGUAUGCCAUGCUUUCAUCAGUGUACUAUAGCCUUCUUCUUCACCACAGUAACCUUUAUAGUACAACUGCAUGGAAGAAGGAAUGUUUACAUCUACUUUCAUUUUCUGUAAAUAUUGGUUUCCAUACUCCUAAAAAAAAAAAAAAUCUAAAAAUGAAAUUAUGUAUGACAUAUUUUAUAUCUAUAUCAUGGUACAUAUUCUAAUAUAAACCAAAGAAUGUAUGUGAACCUUGAUUAAACCUCUUUUUAGCAGGUGCGUAGUAUGUUUAGAAUGUACUCUGUGAAAGAUAGUGGGUGGUCUUUUUGUCUGAUUUCACUUGCUGUCCCCAUUUUAUAUAGAUGAAAGCUUAAAUACAGUUGAGAUUCUUUAUGAAAAACCAAUGCAGAAGAAAAAUAUACUGUCAAUUAUAUUUUAAUGUAUAUACUGUCGUUUUCAUAAUACAAGCAAACACCUGUUUGCUAUUAGCCGUAGUCAUUUUUGGUACAUGUCUCUGCUGUGUUUGUUUUUGUGACUCACUCUGGACAGUGUCUUAGAUCAUGUUGAUUGCCCGUUUACUCUGAUUGUAAGUUUAGCACUAGUACAAAGUGAUCUACAAAGAGACUAUUUACCAAUGUUUUUUAUUGAUUUGUUUUGUUCUGUUUACUUGAGUGAUUAUUUAACCACAAUUAAGCACCUUGAUCCAUUAACACAGCUGCUGGGCAUAAGAAUAUGUAUAGCUAGUCUGAGUGCAUGUACAGUAAGUGCAGUCUGCGUGCGUGAGUUAGGUAAGGCAGUACAGUAGUAUUGGAAGUGAAAUGAAAGCUGAGAAUACAGGUAUUUACAGCAUCAGUGAGAAGGGAUUGCUUUCCUUUUGUAGGACAUAAUCACCUCUAAUCCACAUCCUGGCAAUAGAAUGAUUAUAUACCUCAGUUUUCUUGGCAAAUGUGAAGAUCGGUGUAAAUACAACUGCUGUAGAUGUGCUAUGAAGUUGGUUUUUAAAUUCACUUUAUAAAUGUUGUUCUAAUAGUGCUGUGUUAGCAUGCAUGUCUCUACUUGGUCAGACGCAGUUAAAUGUUAAUAGUUUUCGCAUUAUUCAGAGGUUACCAGAGAUAAAGCACAACAAUUUAAUUUAGCAAAUAUAUAUUUAAUUAGAUUAGUAUUUGUUUUACACUUUGACUAAAGGAUGUUUUUGUUUCUAAGAUAACACGUGUUAACAUCCAGCCCCAGUUGAAGCAUUGAUAUGUACUGGUACCUGUGAUUACUGUAGUUUUUGACAACAUUGAAGGUAGAAAUUGGAGACCUACUAACAAUGGCCUGCAAACUAUAGUAAUGCUCAUCACAAUUCACCCGCACAAAUAUGCUGUCUUGUACUGUGUAUGAUAAUUAGUAGUAGUAUAGUAACUACAACAAACAGUGCCUUUUUAUUUCACCUGACUCUUAGGCGGUAGAUUUACUAAAUAUCUAUUUUUCAAUUCACCAAUAUUCUUGGCUUUGAACGAUAGUUUUUAAACGACAGGAGGAACAAAAACAACAUUUUGUAAAUGUGCCUCUAGUUUUUUCCCCCACAAAUACUGAUCAUUGCAAUGAUAUGUCUUAAGGUUUACUCAUUAGGGACAUAUAAGGGGGAAUUCAAUUAGCCACGUGGUAUACCCCAUAGCUAAUUGAUUGUGCCGCACAGGGAAAAGCUAUUAAAUUAAUUAGCCUUUUCCACACAUAGUAAAAUAUCUGUAAACCUGUGAAAACACACUGAUUCCACUUAAAAUGCGGAAUCUAAGGGGAUUACCCAGGCUUUAAAUGCAGAGAGCUGCAUUCAACAUAUAUUUUUCCUUGCAGCUCCUUAGGCUAAAAAUCCUGCCUCUGGGGUUUAGCAUGUGGGGUUCCCCCAGAUGACUGAAUCGGGAAGCACGAUCGGUUAGCUGCCGCAUAAACACCGCGGAUAAUUGAAUACCCCCUAUAUUAUUUUUGUGGUUUGUCCAACGUAGGCAAAUAUUACUACUGACUAUUAAUAGUUGCUUUGCUUUGUAAUAGAUAAUAUAAACCAGGUUGCAUUGGUAAACAGCAAAAGCAAUAUGCUUGUUAAGGAACAAUUAUUUUAAUAACUGCUUUAGCCAUUGGUGCAUAAAAGAAUUUGACAGCGUUACUGGAACUUUUGUGAAUCCUUUUAAAGUUCUGCAUAAAUGUGAUCUUAUGUGUUCAGAUCUUCAUUGAAGUCCUAAAACUAGAUAAAGAGAACUCACUAAAUCAAGUAGCACACUAUAAAAUAUUUUGUUUUUCAUUCAUCUUUUGAUGUAUAUUAUCCAGCAUUAGAUUUCUUGUCUGAGAAGUUAUGUGAACCUAUAAUUUCAGUAACUGGUGUGAGACUCCCUUGAGCAGCAGUGUGUACGGUAAUUGUUAGACGGCCACGCCAAUCAGCACUGAGUUGUUUUAGCUUAUUACUCCUUACAGAGCUGUUUCACCUGAUGGAUUAAGGUGGGCUUCCUUGCAUGAACAGUCCAGCCACAACACUUCAGUUGGAUUAAGGUCUGGACUCCCAACAUUCCAGAACACUAAUUUUUUUCUGCUUCAGUCGAUUUUGUUAAUAACUGCCUGGUACGUUUAGUAUUGUCUUGCUGCAAGACUCCGUUCUGUUGAGCUUCAUUUCACCCUGACAUUCUCCUGUGGAAAUUGUUGACACAAUUCAGAAUUCAUAGUUCCAUUAAUGAUGGUGCGACACCAUGAUACUUUCACCACUGCUUUUCACAGCUGGGAGAAAUAUUUUUCUGUGAAAACAUAACGUUUCUCAUCUUAGCCAAAAAGCACUAUUUAACAAUCAGCCAUCCACAGGAUAUUCUUCCGGUAGCCUUCUGGCUCAUCUGUAGCAAACUUUAAGCAGGCAACAAUAUUCUUCUUGGAGAGUAUUGUCUUUUUCUCCUUGUUAUGUUCCUAUCCACACUAUUCUUAUUCAGUGUUUGUCUGGUGGUGGAUAUAAGGAGAGAGUCACUGCAAGAGAGGCGUGCAGAUCAUUUCAUGUUACACGAGGGCACCCUGUGAUCCCAAUAUUAUAUGCUUUGCUUUUGGAGGAUUAUUGUUUGAUAUCCAGUCCUGGUGAGAGUAACAGUGGUGUUGAAUUUUCUCCAUUGGUUUACUAACUGCCUAAUAGUGCAUUGGUGAUGCCCAGUGUAUUUUAUAUUUUGUUUAAUAAUGUUUCCUACCUGAUGAGCAACAACUUGUUUGAGACCUGGUAUGCAUUCAGAAAAUCCUAGUGAAGACUCAGGUUUGUUUUUUAAAUAUGGCAGGGCCACAAAAACUCACAGAUGGUUGUCAUCUCAUUGGUGAAGUACUAUUUAAUGCUGCUUGAUCAUUUUGAUCAAUAAUUGCAUCAAAAGUUUAUCCUUUUGUCUGAGUUAUUGUCUUUUGUCUAUUUUUAUUACUUUGAAAAUUUGAACACAUUUAGUCACAAAAUUCUUAAAGGUUCACCAAACUUCUAGCACACUGUAGCCUGCAAAAGACUGUGCAUGUCUGUUUGGUAACAGUGAAGACUGACCUUUCACUGAGUCAUAAAAUAUAUUAUGUAGAAAGUGUGCAAUGAUCUGCUGAUCUCAGGGCUGCUGUCACUAUGGCUUGUUUAGAGCUCUGUGUUUACCAGACAGAAGAAGGACAUGUUGAGAACCUUACAGGGCUCUACACACUUGGCGACAUACACUGGCGAUAUGAAUGAUAUCGCUCGUAAGUGAACCAUAUAUCAUUCAUGUCGUUUAGGGUGGAGGCACCAACAAUGAACGAUGCACGGCUUUGCGUCGUUCAUCGUUGGUUUUCCCUCGUUAAACAUAGCAAGCCAAUUUGGACAAUGUCGUUAAUCGUUGAAAAUGAUCAUCGUCCAAAUCGGAAACAUCGCCAAGUGUGUAGGGCCCUUUAGUUACACACAGCUUUAGUAGGAAACACUAUUUCGGAUAAAACAAAAACCAGCAUUUGAUCGCUGAAGGGGAGUUGUAUUGUUCGCCCACAUGGGAUGCAUGGGGACCAAUUCAAUUAAGUGGUACAAAAUUCUCUAGGAAUCUUUGGUGAUUUGUAGCUGCACAGAUUCUGGCCAAUACGGUGUCUCUAGAUUUCUUGCAAGGUUCAAACCGCUUCUUAACACCUUAUUUAUCUUACUGGAAAAACAGAGUUCUCUUUUAACAAAAUAAGAAAUGUAAAAAUAACUAAAAGAAAAUAAACAAGCACUUGUGACACUAGCCUGAGGUUACUAUAAACUGUGAAUAAAAUGGAGUUUCUCCUGUACAUUUUAAUCUCCUUAAAUAAAGACAGUAAUUUUUCAA